UUGGAGGUAGUAAGAGGAGCAGGACACCAGCUACUGUCAGGAAUCCUCUUAUGUGUUUAAUUAACGGAAUAUUAUAAUCGUCAAGGUGUAUUUUUGAGAUUUACUGUCAAAUCUGCACAUUAUGGGACUUUCUUUUUCCUCUGGAUGCUGAGGAUCUCUCUCCUCCAGCUGUCACCCUAAAUUAGCUGAGCUCAGUGAAAGGAGAGCCGGUUCAACUGACCCCUUCUGCUCCUUGAAGCUCCAGCCGUCCGUGACACCCAAAUGCUGCCUGUCUUUCGUCAAACUGGUCGCCCCUGAAGAAAAAUGGACUUGUAGUGAAGGUCAACCCUUCGAGCGGGGUAACUCCCUCUGGGACGUCUCUUGAGAAAGCUGGUCCGGAGACACCGAUGGGUGAUCUAUGACAAUGUCACCGAUAAGGGGACCCGAGUUCUCUUUUUCCCAAGCAGCUGCAAGCAGGAUAUGAGCUUGAGCCGUGGCCAUCGACGAUAAACCAAAUCCUCCUCCUUCAGUUAGUUGGAGGCUCCUCUUACGUCAUGCAGUCAUCUGAGGAAUUGUUUAGCAGGAAGCUGAAAGCGUUGAAUGGGAGUAUGGGACAUCCAGCAACCAACACACAGGGAAAGUUGGAAGUGGGCGGUAAAGCGAACGGGACACCCGCCAUGCCUAAAAUGGGGGUGCGAGCCAGGGUGACAGAAUGGCCCCCAAAAAAGGAGUGUUGGGGAGCCAACUACGAAAGCGCUGUCACGUCGUUUCAAAACGGCCAGCCGUAUCAAAGUGUAGAGAUUUCUGAUUUAGGUGAUGAACAGUUGGAGCCUGAUUAUUCGGAUCCGAAAUAUUCCCUGAGCGACCUUCUCAGUCGAUCUCCGUUUAAGGGGCUUCAUCCCAUUCGACAGCGGAGUAACAGCGAUGUGACCAUCAGCGACAUCGACGCGGAGGACAUAAUGGAUCAGAACGCUGUCAACCCAAACACAGGCGCCUCGCUGCAUCGAGAGUACGGCAGCACGUCCUCUAUCGACCGGCAGGGUCUCGGCAACGACGGUUUCUUUUCCAUGUUACGUGGCUAUCAGAUUGAUGUUUCGGACCAUCGCAGUGCCCCACCUGAAGCCUUUCCGGAGCUCCUCCGCUACGACACGACCCUCUCCCCUAGCUUGCAAACGGCUACUCAGAUAGCCCGUGGUGAGAUCGUCCACAUCUCGGGCUACGACUAUGUGGACAGCUCCCUCCUCUACAGCCGAGAAAGAGAGAAGUCCUUUAUGCAUCGUCUCAAGUCAGACUCAUCCGAGACGUCGCUGUUCAGAAAACUGAGGACUAUUAAAAGCGAACACGACGGUUUCCGGCUUUCUUCCGAGCAGGAGGACCGCCGGCCCCUCAGCUUUCAAAAGUGCUUUGCUCACUAUGACGUCCAAAGUGUUCUCUUCAACAUCAGUGAGGCGGUUGCCAGUCGGGUCAUUCUCAGUCAGAGGAAGAACAUCACUACUGGAGCUUCUGCAGCAUCUCAAUACCAAGUCACAGGAGCCGGUCAAACCAGUGGAAAUACAGCCGGGACUGCGUCUAUGUUCGAGUCUCCCCUGGGCAGUCGAGAGGACCUGAACCCAAAGGAAAACUUGGAUGCUGAUGAAGGCGAUGGGAAAAGCAAUGGAUUGGUGCUUAGUUGCCCGCAUUUUCGUAAUGAAGUUGGUGGAGAGGGUGAGAGGAGAAUCUCUCUGUCCAGGGCCAACAGUGCCGGCUAUAGUGGCGGAGGAGAAAACUGUUCUUUUGAGUCGUCUUUAAGCUCUCACUGUACCAACGCCGGUGUGUCGGUGCUGGAGGUUCCACGAGAAAACCAACCCAUCCACCGUGAAAAGGUCAAGCGCUACAUCAUCGAGCACAUCGACUUGGGGGCGUAUUAUUACCACAAAUACUUCUAUGGAAGAGAACAUCAGAACUAUUUUGGGGUGGAUGAGAACUUGGGUCCGGUGGCCAUCAGUGUGAGGAGAGAGAAGUUAGAUGAUGGGAAGGAUAAGGAGGGUUCACAGUAUAACUAUCGAAUCACCUUCAGAACAAGUCAGUUAACUACCCUGCGAGGGGCGAUUCUGGAGGAUGCCGUGCCGUCCACAGCGAGGCACGGGAUGGCCCGUGGUCUGCCUCUGAAGGAAGUUCUGGAGUACGUGGUGCCUGAACUGAACAUCCAGUGCCUGAGACUGGCCGUCACCUCACCGAAAAUCCCUGACCAGCUCCUUAAACUGGACGAGCAGGGGCUCAGUUUCCAGCACAAAGUGGGCAUCUUGUACUGUAAAGCGGGUCAGAGCACAGAAGAAGAGAUGUAUAAUAAUGAGAAUGCCGGGCCUGCGCUGGAUGAGUUCCUGGAUCUGCUCGGUCAGAGAGUUCGGCUGAAAGGAUUCACCAAGUACAGAGCACAGCUGGACAACAAGACGGACUCCACUGGUAGCCACUCACUUUACACAACCUACAAAGACUAUGAGCUGAUGUUCCACGUUUCAUCGCUCCUCCCCUACACACCCAAUAACAGGCAACAGUUGCUCAGAAAAAGACACAUCGGAAAUGACAUUGUGACCAUCGUGUUUCAGGAGCCGGGUGCUCUGCCCUUCACUCCAAAAAACAUUCGCUCCCAUUUCCAACACGUCUUCGUCAUUGUUAAAGUUCACAAUCCCUGCACAGAGAACGUCUGCUACAGUGUGGCAGUUUCCAGAUCCAAAGACGUGCCUCCAUUCGGACCUCCCAUUCCUAAAGGCGUGACCUUUCCCAAGUCCGCCGUCUUCAGGGACUUCCUUCUGGCCAAAGUGAUAAACGCAGAAAACGCAGCUCAUAAAUCCGAAAAGUUUCGCGCCAUGGCGACCCGUACACGUCAGGAGUAUCUCAAAGACCUCGCGGAAAACUUUGCAAGCACGACGACGGUGGACUCCGCUGUGAAAUUCAGCUUCAUCACGCUGGGUGCUAAGAAGAAAGAGAGAGUUAAACCGCGGAAGGACGCCCAUCUCUACAGCGUGGGUGCCAUUACCUGGAGUGUGGUGGCACGGGAUUUCGGACAGUCAGCGGAUGCGGAGUGCCUGUUGGGUAUUUCUAAUGAGUUCAUCGUGCUCAUUGAGGAAGAGUCCAAGAAUGUGAUUUUUAACUGUUCGUGUCGGGAUGUCAUUGGUUGGUCUUCUGGCGUCAUGAGCAUCAAGAUCUUUUAUGAACGUGGGGAAUGUGUGAUGUUCACUGCGCACGACAACUGCGGAGAAGACAUUCGAGAGAUCGUACAAAGACUUGAGAUGGUGUCGCGGGGAUGUGAGACCACAGAAAUGACCCUGCGCCGGAACGGUCUGGGCCAGCUCGGAUUCCACGUCAACUUUGAAGGAAUCAUAGCCGAUGUUGAACCCUUCGGUUACGCAUGGAAGGCUGGGUUGCGACAGGGCAGCCGGCUGGUGGAGAUCUGCAAAGUGGCGGUGGCGACUCUGACCCACGAGCAGAUGAUCGACCUCCUGAGAACAUCGGUCUCCGUCAAGGUCGUCAUUAUUCAACCGUACCAGGACGGAGCCCCCAGAAGGGGCUGCUCAGAACUAUACAGAAUCCCCAUGGUCGAGUAUAAACUGGACAGUGAAGGAACUCCCUGCGAAUACAAGACUCCUUUCAAAAGAAACACCACCUGGCACCGGGUGCCCACUAACAGCCAGCCCCUGCCCCGUGGAUCCCCCACCCAGGGUCACGACCGCAUGCAGUGCCAACAACUCCUCCAGCACGCUCAGACUGCUAUCCCGCGCAGCACCUCAUUCGACAGAAAGCUGCCGGACGGACCCAGGAACGUACAGGAUAUAGAGAACCCUCAGAUUUCAUCCUGCAGUAAAGGAGAUGCGUCUCAACACUACCGCAGCUCACCCAGUAACCAAUCAUCAUCAAGUGACCCGGGACCCUGCGGAAGUGCCACCUGGAACCAGCAGCCGGCAUACGACGGGUGUCAUUCACCCAUCCUCCAUGAUCGCUCCGCUGAAGCCCAGGGCAUGAUGGGAGAUGGUGAGAUGCUGAGGGAAAAGGAGCCCACUCUGGAGAGAACACGCUCUGCAGAGGCCAAAUGGCACGUCCCGUCCACAAAGAUCCUCAACUCCUUGAAGGAAAGGGGCAAGGAUUCGCCUAACAAAGUGACACGGCAGGGCGGCGAUAAAAACUCCAGUCACUCCAGCAGUAACACACUGUCCAGUAACGCCUCCAGCAGUAACAGCGACGAGAAGCACUUCGGCUCCGGGGACCUGAUGGACCCGGAGAUGUUGGGUCUCACCUACAUUAAAGGAGCCUCGACGGACAGCGGCAUUGAUACCGCCCCAUGCAGCAUGACCCCAGGGGUGGCCAGCGCAUCUGUGACCCGCGUCAUGCUCCAGGCCCGUGGGGUGUCCGAUCCGGGUCACCCGUGGACUCCAGAACUGACGGAGGAAGACUCUGUGGAGGAGGAACACAACAGGCUGUACCUGCCUCAGGGAUACGCCUCGGCGCUGGCGGCCGGACACACGCCUGUGGAGGGGAGCAUGGGAGACCUGAGCGAGGUCUCAUCUCAUUCCAGCAGUCCGCAUCCCCACAGCUCCAAGCUCACAUCGUCUCCAGAGUGUUCCAGAGCCCACAGUAGCCAGGAGCCGAGGCCCAGCACCGAGACGCGCAAGCGGGCAGACGAGAGAUCCAUCGCUGCUGAGCCCCCAAAUCUGUCCGAGUGUGGGCAGCUGUAUGCGGCGGAGGGAGCGUGUCGACUACAGGAGAGGGGAAGGGACAAACUUAAAGAAGGAGGUCUUCAGCCUUGCAGGUCGAAAGAAGAACAUCUAAAGAUGACUGUGCCCGAAAGCCCACCUGCAGAGAGCGGCCACAGAAAGGCAUCGACAGCGGGCAGUCUGUCACCUCGGCGGUCUCUCUAUCGGACCCUUUCUGAUGAGAGCGUGUGCAGUAAUAGAAAGGGCUCGUCCUACGCCAGCUCGCGGAGCUCCAUGUUGGACCAGGCCAUGCCCAAUGACAUCUUGUUCAGCAGCACUCCACCCUAUCACAGCACGCUGCCCCCUCGCAUGAGCCUCAGUCAAACCACAUCCAACCUCAAGACUGAGUUCUGGUUUUCUGACGGAUCCCUGGCGGACAGGUCGAAGUUCAGUGACCCGGGUCUUAUGCCUCUACCAGACACGGCUACAGGCUUGGACUGGUCUCACCUCGUGGAUGCGGCCAGAGCUUUUGAAGACCAGCGCGUGGCAUCUUUCUGCACCAUGACGGACAUGCAGCGAGCCGAAGCCCUGCAGAUCUCCCGCGAGCUCACCCGACGUGUGGCGGCUGCUGAGGGAGCCGCCCUGCAGGCGGGCAAUGCCUCUCCGUCCACACUGACGGGGAAAGUCAAUCAACUGGAGGUCAUACUGAGACAGCUGCAGAACGACCUGAUGAAGGAGAAGGAGGACAAGGCUAUUCUCCAGGUGGAGGUCCAACACCUGAGGCAGGACAACAUGCGACUGCAGGAGGAGAGUCAGACUUCUGCCGCACAGCUCAGGAAAUUCACUGAGUGGUUCUUUCACAGCAUCGACAAGAAACCUUGACGGAGACUCUAUCUACCCAGAGAGAGAGAGAGGGGUAAAACUGGACCCAGACUCUCCGUCUAGGGGACCAAAGGAGAUCCUUGAGGGGGGAAAACCACUAGAGAACUCUAUCGCUGAAGCAUCGAGAUACCGUCCAACAGAUGCUUAAGCGGCAUUGCUGUUCCUGCAGCCAAUUCACAUUCGAAUGUAAAAAUAUACUUGACUGGAGGACACUUUGUUGGUGCUAGUUGGAGUAGACGAGUAGGUCAACCUACUAAUCCUUCACAUCAGGUGGUAGAAACUGAGAAUGUACUUGUACCAAGUCGAUAUCAUCACCUGAAUCGGACUCUUACAAAUAAAUCGAGGUGGAUUAUGAAUGUAACACAUCAAGACCUGACGGCUGGAUGUCUUGAAGAACCCAGUUUUCAUUCUUCACCUGCGGUUUUGGACAGUUACGCAAACGGAAGUCGAGAAGUCAAGGUUUCAAAUCAAUCUUGAAGUUGUCUUUUGAAUCGUUUCCAUUAACCCUCAUCGAGUUCUGGCAAUAAACAUGGAGUCACUCAACUUUGUUCCUGGACCGAUUCAACCAUGUUUCUGAUUCAUUCUGUGUUUGUUGGGAUUGUGCCUCAAAGGGAAUCAGAAAUAAGCUGGUGUAUGCAGCGUUUUUGAUCCUUCUAAACAUGCCUUCAGCUCACCGAAUCCUCAUGUGUGUGAUGACAGCGCUGUCAAAUCUGAAACUGUGUGAGCCACAUGCCAAAAUGUGUUUAUCUCUGUACAGAUCCUUGGAUUCACUGUCUAGUAUUUAACACUGUUAUUUAAGCCUAUUUAACCCAAAUUAGUUUAUUUUAAUAAAUAAAAUCAAAGGAAAGGUUGUGUGAAGGCUGUCAGCUGUAGCUUUGUCUGGGCUGUGUCUGUAAUGUUAGAUUUAUCGGUCGAUUUGUCUUUUCAUUCCAACAUUUGGACGCUGCUAGGAAACACUGUUGGUUUCUUUGCUUUUACAAAUGUGUUUCUUUGUAAAUCUGUUUCAUGGAAGAAGGGACAUUGGUUGCUUUUUUUUAAAUAAAUGUAGAU